AUGAAGAGGGUGAAUAGAAACAGCGGUAUGCACUUCUCAAGUGAUAGUAAAAGUGAAUCAAACUUAUACUUAGAAAAUUAUGCGAAAAUAAAAAAACACAUCAACAGCAUCGAUAACGAAGAAUCAGUUAUUAUGACCAUUUUGAAAGAGAAAACGUAUGACUGUAUACAGAAGACGCGAGAAAAAUUAAAAGCAAUUAUACAUAUGUACCCAAACACGCCCAUCUCGAUUUGUACCCCAAAUAAUGUUAUUGGGGGGCUGAGGAACACCAUUACGUUAAUUACCGAUACGUCUAUUUUGGAAAAAAGGAAAGGAAUUUUAUUCCGAGGGAGAACUGUAGAUAAAAUUUUAAAAGAUUUUCCAAAGUGGGAUGAAAACUGUGAAUACCCAAUGGCAGAAGCUAUGCUUUGGUAUUUAUUAACAAAAGAAAUACCAGCAACUGAUGAUUUGAAGCUUUUCUCAAGGGAGUUAUACUGUAGGGCUAAAAAAAUGCCAUCAUUCGUUUUUGAAUUUAUAGAUACCAUUCCUCCCUUCACACAUCCAAUGAGUCAGUUAGUAUCUACCGUUUCGUUCCUCGAAUCUUUGUCCUUAUUUAAGAUAAAAUAUUCUGAGGGCAUAUUAAAAAAGGAUUACUGGAAAUAUAUUCUGGAAGACGCUGUUUCUUUAAUUGCACAGAUCCAAGUUGUGUGUGCAUAUAUUUUUAAAAGGUCUUUUAUAGAUAAUAAUAUAAAAAAAGGGGAAGGGAUGAACCUAGAUAUUGAUUUUGAUUGGUCAGCUAAUUUUGCAAAAUUAAUCGGCUUUGAAAAUAACGAAGUAAAAGAUUUGUUAAGACUAUACUUUCUUCUACAUAGUGAUCACGAGGGGGGAAAUGCAAGUGCCCAUGUAUCUCAUCUGAUUGGAAGUACCUUAGGAAAUCCCUACUUAUCUUUUUCUGGAUGUGCAAUUGCCUUAUCAGGACCUUUACACGGAUUGGCUAAUCAAGAAUGUCUGAAAUUCCUGCUGGAUAUAAAAAAACAACUCGAUGGUAAAGAACUAACUUAUGGAUUCAUUGAAAAGUAUGCCAAAGAUUAUCUCAAUUCGGGGAGAGUUAUCCCUGGAUAUGGCCAUGCUGUGUUGAGAGUCCCUGAUCCUCGUUUCUUGGCCCUUCGAAAUUUUGCCUUAUCACAUUUUCCAAAUGACCCCAUAGUACAGAUAUUAGAAAUGUGCUAUAAAGUAAUACCCGGAAUUCUUUCUGCCACUGGGAAGGUGAAAAAUCCGUACCCAAAUGUCGAUUGCUAUAGUGGUUCUCUCCUACACCAUUACGGUAUUAAGUACCCUGAAUAUUACACUGUCCUCUUUGCGCUUUCUAGAUCCAUCGGGGUAAUGUCCCAGUUGGUAUUAUCUAGGGGAUUAAUGUACCCAUUAGAACGACCCAAAUCGGUGGACGUGCACAAUUUGAAGAAAAUAUGCGAAAGGAAUUAUGUUAAAAUUGAGGAAUUCGAGUAG